AUGGGAGAUACUCGCACGUUCAUUGACCAAGGCGUCACCCACGCACAGAAAGCAAUCGACUAUGAUCGCGCGGCUUGCAAGGCCAAUGACCCUGAGAAGUACGACAACGCCAAGAACAGCUAUCUACGCGCUAUCGACUACUACUACACCGCCCUGAAGUAUGAGAAGAAUGACAAGACUAAGCAGGUUCUCCGCUCUAAGAUUAAUUCCUAUGUCGACAGGGCGGAGGUUAUGAAGGAAUGGCUGGAAAAGUAUGAUGAGACACAGAGGAAUGGGGGUGGGGGUGGAGACGGCUCGUCUAGUUCGGGUGCAGCUACGACUAGUAAGAAAAAGGAAAAGAAAAACGAGGAGAAUGAAGAGGAUAAGCUUCAAAACCAGUUGGGCGGUGCUGUUCUCACUGAAAAGCCAAAUGUGAAGUGGGAUGAUGUAGCUGGUCUCGAAGGUGCAAAGGACGCCUUGAAAGAGGCCGUCAUUCUGCCGCAAAAGUUCCCACAGAUGUUUGUCGGAAAAAGGAGGCCGUGGAAAGGCAUUCUACUCUACGGACCUCCUGGUACAGGCAAGAGUUAUCUUGCAAAAGCAGUUGCCACUGAAGCAGACGCAAAGUUUUUCUCCAUUUCCUCUAGUGAUCUUGUCUCCAAAUGGCAGGGAGAGAGUGAAAAACUUGUAAAGGAGCUUUUCGCUAUGGCUCGUAAGGCGGGUAAAGCAAUCAUCUUUAUUGAUGAAAUUGAUGCUCUUGUGAGCAGUAGGAGUGACAAUGAGUCGGAAAGCUCUCGCCGGAUAAAGACAGAAUUCCUCGUCCAGAUGGACGGUGUAGGGAAGUCCACGGAUGGAGUCUUGCUGCUCGGAGCAACAAAUAUUCCCUGGGGUCUAGAUGACGCUCUCUUACGUCGUAUGGAAAGGCGUGUGUACAUUCCGCUCCCUGAAGAGCAUGCACGGUCUGGAAUGUUCAAAAUCCAUCUGGGCAAUACACCCCACAAUUUGACGGAGAAUGACUUUAACGAACUAGGCACCGCCACUAAGGGUUAUUCUGGUGCUGACAUCGGUAUCCUCGUCCGCGACGCUAUUAUGCAGCCAGUUCGUACUCUGCAAAAUGCAGAAUUUUUCAAAUGGAUCAUGGUGGAGGAAGAGGGGCAAGGUAUGGUCAAGCGAUUGGCACCCUGCUCUCCAGGGGAUCCAGAGGGUCAGCAAAUGUCGCUGAUGUCUGUCUCACCAGAAGAGCUUCAUGUCCCCAUCGUGUCGAGACAUGACUUUGACUUAGCCUUGGCAAGUACAAAGCCAUCCGUAGGAAUAGACAAUGUUGAGAAGCAUAUCAAGUUCACUUCAGAAAAAGGCCAGAGCGGUGUCUAAGAGAGAUCUUGAAUCUGAUAGCUGCCAACAGCCUCCUUGUCGGUUGCUCAUGUACAUCUAUAAGAAACAGGGCUUAUUCAGCACCCUUCUAUAUGAUGAUGCCCUUAAUAUCAUUUCCAUUAUAUAUGAACCUCUACGGAAUUCGCCGCAGCUCAUGAUGCAUUUCGUUGAGCGCGAAGAAUAUUGGCAAUUACUGUGAUAUGUGGAUCCGAAAGUCCGGUCGUAUGUAAAGCAUCGCUUAGGUUGAGAAUAUAAUCGGUAUU